CACACAGUUUGGCACACUCCUCAGAUCAGGGCUGGGGCUUCCCGGGUGGAGGGAAAGGCCUGGCACGGCCCGAGGGACUCUCAGCUGGGUUUAUCGCAGCCGUGUCUCUGAACAGGGCCGGGUGCCAGGGCGGGUUCCGUGGCCUUUCCCAAGCCUGGGAGCCCUCUCUCUGGUGGCAGAGCCUUGGCCACUGGACGGCUGAGCGGAAGAGCCCAGACCGUCGGCUCCCUUAGUUGGCCCUUCCGGGAGCCGCCUGGUCUCUGGUGCAGGAAGGGGAAGGGGCCAGAGCCGGGGGGCGUGGCAGGAAGGGGGGAACUCUGCGGUAAAGGAGCUGCUCGCCCAGCACAGCUGCGCGGUGCCCUCGGAGCUGCGAUCCCCAGUUGCCGCCCCUCGGCCCCGUCCAAGAUGAUUCCAGCAGCUGUCCUGCUCCUGCUCCUUCUGGUUGAACAAGCAGAGGCCCUGGGAGAGCCUCAGCUCUGCUACAUCCUGGAUGCCAUCCUGUUCCUGUACGGGAUAGUCCUGACCCUGCUCUACUGUCGACUGAAGAUCCAGGUGCGAAAGGCAGCUGUAGCCUAUCAGAAGUCAGAUGGCAUUUACACGGGCCUGAGCCCCCGGAGCCAGGAGACUUACGAGACCCUGAAGCAUCAGAAACCAACAGAGUAACUGCAGGACAGAUGCCCUUGGUCAUGUCCUCCUGCUCCCGGGUCCCGGCCCAGUCCCAUGUAAUGAGACGAUGCCCCCAUGAAUGGACCUGCUGCUUCCUCCUCCCCACGGCCUACGCGCAGAUGCUACUUGUUAAUGUUCGUAUUCUAGUCCCCGCUGACCGCACCUUCUCACUCUUCCCCACUCCCAAUGCCCACUGAAACGUGGGAAGGCAAUAGCACCAAUAAAACCACCAGACUGACUCCACUCCUUCCUCCCUUCCUUCAUCAUACACUUGGCCUCCAGGCUGCAAACAGAAGAUGCCGUUGGAAUAAGACAAGCUCCAUUCCUGACCGGUCGGAGCUCACGGUGUUGACACCAGGCUGUUUUGCUCGAUUAAGGGGUAAAUUCUACCUGUGAGAGGGACAGAUGAGACCCCUGACCCUCAGGGUCUCUAGCAUGGAGCAGGAGCAGGGACUUCUGUGUUGUGACUCCAGGCACAUUCAGAGAUAUGCGAACCUAAGGAAUGACUUCGGGAUUGUGGGAAAACCUGGCUGUUCAACCUCAAAGAGUGGCCAGUCCAAUCACAGUGGCCACCAGGAGCCGUGGUGGGCAGCUCAGUGUGCGUGGGCAUUAGCCUGGUUGAAAAGUCGAACCUGCAGGAGGGAUGGUGUGACAAAGGCUUGUGUGAUGCUCCAAGGGGAAGGCUGUGCAGAGACAGUGAGGUUUUAGUAGGUUCCGGGGGAAGAGGGACAGGUAGGGAUUGGGUGUGGGCAAGACAGAGGGACAAAUUGGGUCUAGAUGGGAAGUGAAGGGAUCCCUCUCAUCACGCACCUGUUGCCUGUGGCCCAAUGGGGAUUAAACCUGCAGCAUGGGUAUGUGCCUUGACCAGGAAUCGAACAUGCUACCUUCUGGCGUUUGGACAACCCUCCAACCAACUGAGCCAUACUGGCCAGGGCCGGAAGUCUUUGACUGCCAUCUGAUGUGGCCAAUCCUGCCUCAGACCCAGCAGCCUUCUCAGAUGGUUCUCUGUAGGUUCCCAGGUGCACCCUGGCCACCCCAUGCUGGGCAGUACUUUGCUCUCGCAGUGAC